GAACGCAGGUGGGAGGAGGAGGAGAGGCGGGCGGAGAGUCUAGGACAUUUGUGUAGCAGGGCCCUGGUGCCGGAGGAGGCCAGAGCGACCAUGAAAUGCGAGCGGUACGCUGCACAGUCCUCCGGGUUGUUGGAUGCAGGCUGAGAUCAGCAUGGAGAGCUUGGAGCGCCCGAUCCGCACAUGGAUAGCAUCGGAAAGGUCAGAGGAGAUAGAUACCAUCGUAUCUGAAAUAAGCAAUGGUAAUUCUCGACUUUUGGAUGUCGUAAAGGCCCUGGGGGAGUACCUCACGAGCGAGGAAGACGAAAUGCGGACCAAGGGUGUUGAACUGUUGUCUCUCGUGCUAGGACGCUGUCCACCAGAGAAACUUGGCCGGCAGUCGGUGCGCGUCCUAGUGAACUUCUACUGCGGGAAGCUUGAAGACACGGAGACAAUCAUUCCUGCUCUGAAGGGGCUCGUCUCCCUAACUGCCCUGCCGGAUUUUACUUCCACCGAUGCGGUGGAAGUGGUGAAGGCACUUAUACAGCAUGUUAAAAUGAAAGCCCUUGUACAAUCUCAACGCUUCUUGGUGUUCAAGAUUAUUGACACACUCGUCGCAAAGCAUCGGGAUGCGUUGAAGAGCAUGGGCAAGGAAUUUCUCGCAGGUUACAUCUCGCUUGCAGAGGGAGAGAAGGAUCCUCGAAACCUGCUCCUAGCGUUCGCCAUCAAUCGCGUGCUAUUGCUCGAGUUUGACAUUUCCGCUCAUAUCGAAGAUCUGUUCAACAUCACAUUCUGCUACUUCCCAAUUACAUUCAGACCACCGCCGGACGAUCCAUAUGGUAUCAAAACGGACGAUCUCAAAACCGCGCUUAGCGGAUGCUUAAACGCGACACCAGCUUUUGGGUCGCUAGCCAUUCCUUUGUUCCUCGAAAAGCUGAUGGCUGGCUCUCCGAUCACAAAGAGAGACACAUUACAAGCGAUGGACUCAUGUCUCCCUAUUUAUGGCCCAGCUACUGCACGAAACAACGCUCGGAAGCUCUGGAAUGCGUUGAAGCUCGAGAUUUUCCAACCGACAGAUGGCGCAACGGAAGAAGCAGCACUGAAGACGACUCAGGUGCUAAUCCAGACGAUCUACUCUACCGAUGAGAGUGAGAACCAAUCGGACAAGGAAGACUUACAAGGUCUGGCAAAGGAGGCAUGUGAAGAGUGCAUUCAGAUCCUUCGAGAGCCGGAGAAGAGCCAGGCAAAACCUGCGAUCAAGGUCCUCUGCGCAUUCAUGGCGACUACUCCUUCCGUCGCCCAGUACACCCUCUCGCGAGUGACACCGCACCUCGUCAAGCUUUUCCACGAUCCUGACGAGAUCGCGAACCGUGCCCCGACGCUGCGCCUGCUUUCCGACUUCAUCGCGGCUGCACGGGACUCGAUGCAGAAGGAUUUGGAGGUCCUGCCCGAGGAGUCCGGCGUCCCGCUAGCAUCGUACAAAGACGAGGUCCUGGGCGUCCUGACGGUAGGUCUCAAGACCGCGUCCACGGCGCAGCCUGCGCUGGACGGCCUGAAAGGUAUGGUAACCACGCCAGGGUUGCUAACGGACGAGGAGCUGGCGUUCGCGGUGCAUAACGUGAACGAGCUGUUGCAGAGCGAGGGAGAGGAGAACGAUGAUGUCAGAGAGUCCGCCCUCGACCUGCUCGUCGACACUUCCUCCUUCGCGCCCCGGCACGUCACAGAGACGACGCUCCCGCUCCUCUUUGCCUCCCUUCCGGACACCGCUCCUCCGCGCAAGGCACAAUUCGAGCGCAUCAAGUGCUGGCGCACACUCGCGUCUCUAUCGAAGCUCUGCAAGCAGCCCGACCUCUUCGAGACGCUCGUCGUACGGCUGCUCACCAAGCUCGACCUCAUCUGCGUGCCUGCACUUGCACCUGCAGAGGCAGAGGCAGACCCGGAGCCAAGCGCCGCGUACGCACACUCGGUGCUACGCACGCUUGCGGACGUGCUUGCGUCGAAGGUCGAACGCGGCGAUACGGACGUAAUUAAGUAUAUCGACCGACUGGUGCCGCGGGUGUUCAAUCUGUUUGUGUAUUCGGCGCUUGUGGCAGAUGGGACGUAUAUGGUCGCGACGGACCCGAGGUUGGUGGCUGUUGCGGCGCAGAUCGUUACGUUAGUCAUGCAGACGCUGCCUGGGCAACGGCAGGAGACAUUUGUAAUGAUACUGUUUGCAGGAUAUCUGCAGGGCGACGUCAAGCAGCUCGCGGAGGGUCAUCAGAAAAUACCGUCCGACAGACGGUUCGAUCCCUUUCACGCGGACGCACCAUCUGUGCAGAAGAACCUCCUCGCCCUAUUUUCCGCGGCCAUUAUCGCAAUGCGAAAGGAGGUCAAGCUCCCAGUACCUUCCGAGCCUGCCUUCCUCAACACCCUCCUCCAAUGGUCUGUCCAGCAUGCAGACAAUGCCCUGCAGCGCGAUGCCAUCACGCACUCACUCGCAUCCAUCAUCAACAAGCACGCCGAAGGCAUAGAAACGUUCCUCAAUGACAGGCUGGACGCAUUCUGGGCGGCGCAAAUCGCAGAGUCCAGCCUUCCUGCGGAAAAGCGACGCGAGGCGCUCGCGACGUGGGCAUGGAUGACGAAGGCCCAGCUGGUGCGCGGCGAUGCGCGAGCAAUGGCGCACGCGGAGCGCCUGUUCACACUUUUUGGCGAUGAGGCGGUGAGCUGGGAUGCCGCGAGGGCGUUGGGCCGGGUCGUCAGCGCGGACAAGGUGCUCACGAAGCGGAAUCAUGCAGUGAUCAAGAUACUGUACGCUCAGAGAUAUUGUAAUGCCGUCCUGCCGCGGAUCGUAGAGGGCGCCAAGACGUCUGCAGAUCCGACGCAGCAGAACGCGUACCUCGUCGCCCUCACGUCACUCAUCAAGGCCGUGCCAAGGGCGAUAUAUGCACAUCAGAUGAGCAUGCUGAUGCCGCUCCUCCUGCGCGGACUCGACCUCCCCGACACGGAGAUCCGCGCGAGCGUGAUGGAUACGCUACUCGCUGCGGCGGAGCAGAAGGACGCGGACAGCAAAGACAAGGGCAAGGUCAGCAGCGCGGACGGCGUGAUCGCGGAGCACGCGUCGAGCCUCGUGGCGACGAUGCUCAGGAACUGCAUCGUGGUGGAGAUGCCGUCGGUGCGCGUGCGCGUCGCGGCGCUGAGGUUCUUGGCGGCGAUGCCGGGGACGGUGCGUUAUGAUGUGCUGCACCCGCACAAGGCAGGGGUGCUGCGCGAGCUGGCAAGGGCACUGGAUGACCCGAAGCGCGUGGUGAGGAGGGAGGCGGUCGAGGCGAGGACGAAUUGGUUCAAGUGCAGCGGUUGAGAACUGAAGAUUGGAGAUGAGCUGCGAAGAUGGAUCAGGUCAAAAGUGUAUCGAUAGAAAGUGCCUUGGCGCAUGUAUCGCAGGCUAUAACCUACUAGAUAUGAGUAUCACGGAAGCGCCACUUCCCAAUUCGCAC